CAGAUCGCCAGCGUUUAACCGGACGCACCGUGUAACCUCCAAGGAGCGAAGCGUCGGAGCGUCGGAUAAGCAUGGUGGCGCAAGGCUCGGGCAGCUCGGUCUUUGAUGGCCUUCUCGUUGUGCUCUACAUUUUCCUUGGUGUCUUUUGCUUCAUGCUCCUACUGGGGUUCUACUUUUGCUACAAGAAUGCCCGCGCUGACGCCGAGCUGGACGAACUCCAAGGCUACCGUGAAGUUGAAGAUCCGCCAUGCCUCAAUGCGACGCGCGACACUGUGUGCUCGCGAGGCCAAGGCAUUCAUUGCGACAAGAUCGACACCAAGGUCGCUCUCCGAGUCAUCGCCUCGACUGCGCCAGCGCUGCCAUCGCAAACGAGCUUCUCGAUAACCAAGUCGCAUGCUGCGGUCGCUCCAGCACCAGUAGCAGCUCAAACCACGACGCUUUGAGCGCUUCCCCAUCGUGUUCCUUGGUCGUUUGCUCACGUUAUACAAAUGUGUUGUGGGUCUAUGUCUAACUAGAUUCAACAAGAGAUGAAUAUCAGCGUACAUCCAUCCUAAA